CACUUCUCAUUCAGUUAUUUUGCUAGGAAAAUGUGAAAUGGGUGUGAUGAAUUAUUGAGAAAUCAAAGCAUGCAUGAAAAUGCAGAAUAUAAGGCAAAAACAGUUUGUACAACUCUAACAAGCUUAAGUCUGCGUUCUCGUAACUCCUUUGUCUUCAAGAAUAGAUCUCCAGGCUUCUUGAAGGAAAUGUUUGCUGCUUUUUGCCUCCGUUAAGAUGAUCCCACACUGCCUCAGUAAUGUUGAAGUCCUGGGGAGAUCAGUCCAUGACUGAUCACGCCCCAUUGUCUUUUUUUUUUCCCAUUAUCCAGUUAUGCUUUUACUGCAUUGGCCAUGUGUCUGGGCUUUUGACCUGUUGAAAAAUGAUGCCGUUGCCAGUCAGGUUUCUGGAUAGUAUUGCAUGGUGGAUCAAAAUCUGAUGGUAUUAUGGCAGUUUUGGCAAGAUCAAAAACGCCACUGGCUGAAAUGCAGCCCUAAACCAUGACAGAACCUCCACCAUGUUUUACAGAUAGCUGUAGACACCAACUCUUGUACCUCUUUCUUGACCUCCUCUGGACAUCAUUUGAACCAAAAAUUUCACAUUUAGAUUUAUCAGUUCAUAAGACCUGAGCCUCUGAUUUUCAACCUAGUUCUUGUUUAAUUUGCAUACCUCAGCCUUUUAUCCUGGUUUCCCUUCCUUAACAAUGGCAAACAGUCUUCUACAGAGACGAUUUCUGAUGAAACCGAAGAGCCCAAAGCAUCACACAUGCAGGAUCAAAAUGGACCCUGAGAUGGACUCUCAGCUUAAGAUUGGCUUUAUCGGUGCAGGGAACAUGGCGUUUGGCAUCGCCAAAGGCAUCUUAUCUGGAAAUGUCCUUCCUGCAAACGUCAAAGUUAGUGCACCAUCCUCAAGGAAUCUGGGACGCUUUCAGGAGCUGGGCAUUGCUGUAACUCACUCCAACAUAGAGGUGGUUUGUGGGUCCGAUGUGGUCUUUGUCGCAGUCAAACCUCACCUGGUUCCGCUAGUUCUCAAGGAGGUCACACAACACGUCACUGACAGACACAUGAUUGUAUCUGUUGCAGCAGGAGUAACACUAGCAACGUUAGAGGAGCUCCUUCCUGAGAACUCUGUUGCCAUCCGGCUGAUGCCAAAUCUACCGUGUUUAGUUCAGGAAGGUGCUCUCCUGUUUGCUCGAGGAUCACACGCAAAGCAGGAGGACAGCGCACUACUUCGCUCCCUGUUGCAUCGCUGUGGUUUGGUGGAGGAGGGACCUGAAGCCUGGAUUGACAUCCAUACUGGGCUGAGUGGGAGCGGAGUAGCCUUUGUGUAUCUUUUUGCUGAAGCUCUGGCAGAAGGAGCUGUUAAAAUGGGCAUGCCAAGCGCUCUAGCCCACAGCAUUGCCUCUCAGACUGUUCUGGGUGCUGGGAGGUUGUUGCGUGAUUCUGGGAAGCAUCCAGCUCAACUUCGCUCGGAAGUCUGCACGCCAGGUGGAACAACUAUAUAUGGGCUUCACACACUGGAACAAGGCGGUGUGAGGGCGUCAACCAUGAGUGCUGUGGAGUCCGCCACCGAGAGAGCCAGGGAACUCGGCCGAAAGUCAACAGCAGGGAGCAGAAAGUGAUGGACAAAUUUGCCUUUAAGAACUACUCAUUAGACUUUUAACUUGAUAAAUACCCAACAUGGAAACAUGGAACUCCUCUUUUUCUUUUUUUUCUCCUCUUCUCAUCACACUCAAAAACACAAACAAGUUGUCCCUUUUUCAAUCACAUUUUCUCAUCUUCUUUCAGUCUCUGUAAGCUAAAAGUCAACAUUGGCUUAAUCUUAAAAUUGAUUCUGACAGUUUAAUAUUAGACCAUGAUUUCUGUUUUUACAUGCACUCAAAUAACCUUGUCUUUUUGGAUUUGGAUGCAAGUAAGGUACAACCCAAAUUUGAUUGUACCAGUAUUUGUUGAUAUAUUCUAAUAACAAAAUGCUGAAUAAAUCCAACUUGUCACAUUUA